UUUGGAGCUUCUCUCUGUGAAUUUUGGGAACUUGUUCAUCUUUGAGCUUACUGGAACGGAAUGGAAUGGAAAGGAAAGAGAGAGGAUUAGCCGUGUCCAGGCUGAAGAGAGAGGAGUGUAAACGCACCAAACACGACUCCGUCUUCUCUAAAUGGAAGAUUCUGAUUGGACCUUCUGAUUGGGAAAACUAUUCGUUGGGAAAGGAAGGGAUAGAGAGGUACAGAAUACACAACCUACCUGUAAGUUGUUCAUGUCCUGGGCUGUAUGAGCUCGGCAUAGCUACAUACUUUACGGGCUACGACGAUCAUGGCGGAGAUGGAGGAGGAGUGCGGAGGAAUCUUCGCGAGCUCGAUCCAGACCGAAUAGUCGUUGUGUACCUUGGACAAGCCGACAAUGUGAGGACAAGACUCCAGCAUUAUGGCCGGGCUGGUUCUCAUCUUGGCGAUGGCAACUGGGUUGGUCGUUCCGAUCAAGAGGAUAAGAGCUCUUGGCUCCCUAGUGGAGGUCCUGGAUUGUUUCAGGAGAUCUUCUCCAGGGGUUUUCCAAUCGUAUUUAGAUGGGCUCCGAUGGAAAACAAGAAGGAAGCUGAGAGUACAGAAGCACUGUUGCUUGGAGUUUUCGAUUAUGCAUGGAAUAAAGGUGGAAAUGGUGCUCGACGCCCUACUGAUAUCCUUGUAGAACUAGAUAGAAUAAGUUCAAAAACUACCCUACUUCCGAACAUUGCCAGAAAGCUCCAAGAAUGGAACAGGCACCACCGUUUCCCUCAGAAGCAAAUGGGAAUCAGGAUCAAAGCCACCCCAUCACCUGCUUUAGAGGCUGAAUCUAUUAUCUGUAGUGAUCAGAAGCCUAAAAUUCUCCUUUCCAGGAUUUUCAAAUUUGGCAGAUCACAGCCUCAAUUACUUAUGCAAGAAUGCAGUGAUGAGGAGGCCCAUAGUAGCAUUUGCGGAGUGGCUUUAGGUGAUGGAUCUGUUUGUAGAAACAAACCCAUUGAAGGAAGAAAAAGAUGUGGUCAGCAUAAAGGGAAGAGAAUUAAUGGGUCCAUCUCUAAGUCGAUGAUAGAGGGGAAAUUACAAAUGCAUGGUCCGGGUUUAGAUGGAGGGCCUAUCUGUCUAGAAGUUCCUGUACUUGAAAGGAGUGAGACUAAAGGCGAUUCUAAGCUUGAGAACCUUCACUCCCAGAUUUUCAAACACGAGAGAUUGCAGCCUCCCUUGAUGAUGGAAAAAUAUAGUCUUAAUGAGGACUACACUCUAUGUGGGGUGAUUUUAGGAGAUGGUUCUGUUUGUAGAAGCAAGCCUGUCAAAGGUAGGAAAAGGUGCGAGCAGCAUAAAGGAAAGAGGAUUAGUACCUCCAUCUCAAAGUCAUUGCUGAAAGGGAAAUCAUGUGCAUAUGAUUUGGGCCUAGAAAUUGGAUCUGGCGAUAUGGAAGUAAGAUCAGUAUCAGUGGAGAUUUGGGAGCUUGAUGAUCUCUGUCCUCAGGUUAUAAAACAUGAUAGACGGCGGCCUCAACUAGUGACUGGAAGAUGUGUUUCUGUUGAGAACUACUCUACUAUCUGUGGCGUGGCUUUAGGUGAUGGAUCUGUUUGUAAUAACAAACCUGUCCAGGGAAGAAAAAGAUGUGCAGAACAUAAAGGAAAGAGGACUAGUGGGUGAAUUCCGAAGUUUAGUAACAGAAGUAACACUCGAUCUGUGUACUAUGGGCUUGGAAGAAAGAUCAAUUUGUAUGGAAGUUCCAAUAAAUUCAAGGAAGAGGUGUGAACUGCAUAAGCAAAGGAGGGCUACCCCCUCCAUAGCUACAUAUUAUUCUUGAAAGAACUUGAUGAGAUGAAAGUACCUGAUUCCAGUACUAGAUGUAUGAGACUUAUUUAUACCCUGUGUAUUAUCUGGGGAAAGUUGGUAUUUAGAUUAUUUGGAGGAAUCAGGUAAUGAACCCUCUAGGUAAUGUUUCUCGUUGCUUAAAUCUAUUUGGAGGCAAUGCAAUUAGAUUUUUCUUUUAGGGGCAGUUUUGACUUGGCUUCCCCUG